UGGGUUUGGCUCUCAGCUCAGUCUGUGACCUGUUGAAGGCUAUUGUAUAGUUCAUGUUGCCGAUCUCGUAUUAACUGCAGAAUGUUGUUUGGCAUCAUCCCAUUUUAUUUUUCUGGUCGAGAUAUCCAUAUUGAUAUCAUGUAGCAGGCUUCAGAUAUAUGUUUUGGGCUUCUUUUGGUAAUGUGCUGCGAAAGCUUUUUCAUAAGCUGAGCAUGUGAAUAAUCAGCUCAAUACACAAUGUGUCAGUUGUUGUGCUGUUCUGGUACAGAAGAGGAAAGUUUUGUCCCAGCUGAUAGCCAUUACACAAGUCCAGCAGUCGGCACUGCUACUGGAAAUCAAGGAGAGUCUAAGGCAUCUGAAUCAGCCAAGAAUGGUGCUCCACAAAAAAUUUUGCCCAUUGAGGCACCUGCUCUGUCCUUUGAAGAAUUGAAGGAAGCAACAGAUAACUUUGGGCCAAAGUCUCUGAUUGGGGAAGGAUCAUAUGGAAGAGUUUAUUAUGCAACUUUAAGCAAUGGCCGUGCUGCAGCAAUAAAGAAAUUAGAUGUCAGCAGCCAGCAAGAAUCUGAUUCUGAUUUUCUGGCACAGGUAUCAAUGGUUUCCAGGCUGAAGCAUGAACAUGUUGUUGAAUUGGUGGGUUAUUGUGUCGAAGGGAAUCUACGGGUUUUGGCCUAUGAGUUUGCAACAAUGGGUUCCUUACAUGACAUAUUACAUGGAAGGAAAGGAGUUCAAGGUGCUCAACCAGGCCCUGUUCUCGAUUGGAUGCAACGGGUUAAAAUUGCAGUUGGUGCAGCAAAGGGUCUUGAGUACCUCCAUGAGAAGGCUCAACCUCAUAUUAUUCACCGUGAUAUUAGAUCAAGCAAUGUUCUUCUCUUUGAUGAUUUUGCUGCCAAAAUUGCUGAUUUUAACCUUUCAAAUCAAGCCCCUGACAUGGCUGCCCGCCUUCAUUCCACUCGGGUGUUGGGAACUUUUGGCUAUCAUGCUCCCGAGUAUGCUAUGACUGGUCAGUUAACUCAAAAGAGUGAUGUUUAUAGUUUUGGGGUGGUGCUGCUUGAGCUUUUGACAGGAAGAAAACCAGUGGACCAUACAAUGCCCAGGGGACAGCAAAGCCUUGUUACUUGGGCAACUCCGAGAUUGAGUGAAGACAAAGUAAAGCAGUGUGUUGACCCAAAGUUAAAGGGCGAAUAUCCUCCCAAGGCUGUUGCUAAGAUGGCUGCUGUUGCAGCAUUAUGUGUGCAGUAUGAAGCAGAUUUUCGUCCCAACAUGAGUAUUGUUGUCAAAGCACUUCAACCAUUGCUCAAUCCAAAACCAACUCCGGCUGCCGAUCCUCAUGCCUGAUGCUCCAGUGACAGUCUUUUCCACAAUUUUCAGAUUUUCUUAUCAGUUGUUUUGUAAUCGGUCUGUGGAUUAUUAGAUGACGGUGUUUGCUUCUAAAGUUAUUAUCUUCAAAUAAUUUUUAUCAGUGAUUGGAGUUGCAUGCUUAAGUUGUGCGUGUCGCCUAAGAUGUUGGUAUUUUGCCUACAGAUUUCUUUCAACAACUUUAGAUUUUUUUGUUCGUUAUCGAGAGUCUCAAGCAAUGUUUGUUAAUUUGAAAUCGGAAUUUCUAAGGCUUACCAUGUUGGACUCUUAAAUUGUAUUUGUAGCUCUGCUCAUUCAAUGGAUUUUUGUGUACAACGUUUUAUGUACCAGUUUCAUGUGUAGUGGAGCUUCAUUUGAAAUGAUGCUUAUUGUCAUUCUAUCA